GGAGUCAACAUAUAUGGUGGGAUUAGUAUUUUACCUAUUGUAAAGGGGCGAAAUACGAAUUAAGGGAGAGUUCAGUCUCUUCUUCCAGCGAAAGCAGUACAAAUUUAGAGAUGCCAGCAGCAAAGCGGCAGAAUUUCGAGCUUAAUAUAGGGCAUGCAAGAGCACAUUUUCCUUUCGGUAAAACGCUUCGAGCCCUUCAAAGAACUCCAUUGGUUUUUGCUUGAGAUCCUCAGGUGAAAAAAUAGAAGGAAAUUAAGAAUGACUCAACAACCAUCAGUGGUGUUAGCAACUGCAAGCUAUGAUCACACUAUUCGGUUCUGGGAAGCUAAGAGUGGCCGCUGCUAUCGAACUAUUCAGUACCCUGAAUCCCAAGUAAACCGACUCGAAAUUACCCCAGAUAAGCGCUACCUAGCUGCAGCUGGAAACCCACACAUUCGGCUUUUUGAUGUCAAUUCAAACAGCCCCCAGCCAGUGAUGAGCUAUGAUUCACACACCAAUAAUGUAAUGGCUGUUGGAUUUCAGUGUGAUGGGAAUUGGAUGUAUUCGGGUUCAGAAGAUGGCACUGUAAAGAUUUGGGAUCUUAGGGCACCAGGUUGCCAGAGGGAAUAUGAAAGUCGAGCAGCAGUCAACACUGUUGUUUUGCAUCCAAACCAGACCGAACUGAUAUCUGGGGACCAAAACGGUAACAUACGUGUCUGGGAUUUGACAGCAAAUUCUUGUAGUUGUGAGCUGGUCCCGGAGGUGGACACAGCUGUGCGCUCGUUGACUGUGAUGUGGGACGGGAGUUUAGUUGUCGCGGCAAAUAAUCAUGGGAUAUGCUAUGUGUGGCGUUUGUUACGUGGGACCCAAACUAUGACCAAUUUCGAGCCACUUCAUAGGCUUGUGGCUCAUGAUGGCUACAUCCUUAAAUGUCUUCUCUCCCCAGAGCUUUGUGAACCUAACCGGUAUCUUGCAACUGCAUCAGCCGACCAUACUGUCAAAAUAUGGAAUGUGGAUGGUUUCACUUUAGAGAAAACUUUAGUGGGGCAUCAGCGCUGGGUGUGGGACUGUGUUUUCUCCGUAGAUGGUGCUUUUCUAAUCACAGCUUCUUCUGACUCGACUGCAAGAUUAUGGUCUAUGGCAAAUGGCGAGGAAAUAAAAGUGUACAAAGGACAUCAGAAAGCAACUGUUGCUUGUGCUCUUCAUGAUGGCACUGAACCUUCAUGCUGAAUAUAUACAAUGACAAGCCUUGUCAAUCGUAACUCCGUUUUACAUCAAAAUAUUCUGCUAAUUUUCCCGUUCUUGAUAAAAUAUUAGACUACUGUGAGGCUUUGCUUUCCUCCUGUACAUAUGGUGUUUCAUUUCAUGUUUGUACAUUAAAACAUUUGUUUUUUAUUUUAUUUAUUUUGCUUGGCUUUCAGAGGACGAUAUGAUUGUGCGUAUCUACCAUUAGGGGUCUUUUCAUUCAUCUCUUGUCGAAAAUCUGAUUUCUUGAUGAAAAUUGUAUGCCAAGACUGAUUUGUUCUCUGAGUUGCUCUAUUCAUUCUUAUACUAGGAAAUGCGUAUCUAUCGUUAGGGUUUGUUUAAUCCAUCUGUUGUCAAAAAUCUGCUCUCUUGAUGAAAAAUGUAUAAUGCCAAGACUGAUUUGAUUGAGUCUCAGA